AUGAGCAUCGACAUAUCAGAUGAAAGUUCCAUUGAUUAUGACGUUAUCGUGGUCGGUGCAGGUUUGGCCGGACUAAGAGUUGCUGCCAGGAGUGCUCAACUGGAACGCGAACUACACGGCGCUAAAACUAUUAUGUUUUCUCCAUCGAAACUUCCAUCCGGCUGUCAUCAAUGGAGUGAAUGGAGUUGCAAUCAGGUACUCGUUCUUGAAGCUAAAGAACGCGUCGGAGGAAGGACGUUGUCGGUCCCUAUGAAAGCCGCCAGAGGUGGCUCACUAAAAGCUGAGCUUGGAGGUACAUGGGUAUGCAAUGAGCAACGAAAUAUCCUGCAAUUAAUCGAGGAACUCGGUCUCAUAACAAUCCCACAGUAUUCGAAUGGGAUAAAAUGGGCACAACUGGGAACGCCCGGAUGGAGGCCAUACACUAACAGCCGCCCUAUGAAAAGCAUAUGGGAUUUCUCAACCAGUGAAGUAUUGAAUCUAUGGUGGAACGUACGAAAAAUGGAGAAACUCGCUGAAAAGGUGGGUAGAUUGCUUGUUGAAAGAUGA